CACACAACCCCAACUCAUCACUCCACAACAGCCAUGAACAACUCUCUUCCUCCCCAUACUCUACUACCCCUUCUCUUCUCACUAACUAUUCUUUCUCUCUCCUCAUCAGCCCAUGGGUUCAACUUGAACUCCAAGUGUGACACACAGGACCAAGGGUCCACCCUCCAAGUCCUCCAUGUGAACAGCCCAUGCUCACCAUUCAGGCCACAAACACCACUCUCAUGGGAAGAGAGUGUGCUCCAAAUGCAGUCAAAGGACCAAACCAGGCUCCAGUAUUUGGCUAGCCUGGUGGCCGGAAAGUCGGUCGUGCCAAUCGCUUCCGGCCGGCAGGUUUUGCAGAGCCCAACUUAUAUUUUGAAGGCUAAAAUUGGGACACCAGCUCAGACUAUGUUCAUGGCUGUGGAUAAUAGCAAUGAUGCUGGUUGGAUACCUUGCAGUGGCUGUGCUGGGUGCUCUUCUACCAAGUUUGAUUCUGCUAAGUCUACCACUUUCAGGACCCUUGGUUGUCAAGCUGCACAGUGCAAGCAGGUACCAAACCCCACCUGCACAGGCCGCGCGUGUAGUUUCAACAUGACCUAUGGAAGCUCCACCAUUGCGGCUAACCUCUCACGAGACAGCAUAACCCUAGCCACCAACGUUGUGCAACGCUACACCUUCGGCUGCAUUCAAAAAGCCACAGGCAGUUCAGUGCCGCCGCAAGGCCUUUUGGGCCUGGGCCGUGGCCCACUGUCCCUGUUGUCCCAAACGCAACGACUUUACCGAUCCACAUUUUCUUACUGCUUGCCUAGCUUCAAGUCAUUAAAUUUUUCCGGGUCGUUGAGACUCGGCCCAAUUGGCCAGCCCAAGAGGAUCAAGUAUACGCAAUUGCUGAGGAAUCCUAGAAGAUCAUCAUUUUACUAUGUGAACUUGAUCGGAAUUAGGGUCGGCCGGCGAGUCGUGGACAUCCCGCCAAGUGCGUUUGCAUUCGAUACCAACACCGGUGCAGGGACCAUAGUCGAUUCUGGGACCAUCUUCACCCGGCUAGUCGAACCAGCCUACACCGCUGUGAGAAACGAGUUCCGCCGCCGAAUGGGCAAAGCCAACGUGUCAUCCCUAGGCGGUUUCGACACCUGCUACACCGUCCCCGUCACCGUUCCGACUAUAACCUUCAUGUUCUCCGGCAUGAACGUGACCCUCCCGCAAGACAACUUCUUAAUACACAGCACUGCGAGCAGCACCACGUGCUUGGCCAUGGCUGCAGCCCCAGAAAACUUCAACUCUGUACUGAAUGUGAUAGCCAAUAUGCAGCAACAGAACCAUAGGAUUCUCUUUGAUGUGCCCAAUUCGAGGCUGGGCGUGGCUCGUGAGAAGUGUACGUAAGCUGUUUGUGUUGUUGUCCCAAUGAGUUCAGGUCGUGGUGAUGCUGUGGAAUGGGUUUGGUGUUGUUUUUUUUUUUUUGGUUUAGGUCUGGAGGUGGGAAGGUCCCGUUUUGGGCGGUACUUUGGUUUUACCUGUGGUUUAUUACUAUUUCUACAGCUAAAUCUGAAAAGUAACAUUGCAUGACGACAUCUUUUUUUGUAGUUUUGUACCGAAAAAAGGUCACGGGUCAUCUGUCUUUGCCCCUUUUUUUUCUCUCUAUGCAGUUGGUAACUUCGGUAACUUUAG